AUGGCUUCUAUAACUCGUUCCGUGUGGAGAGCGUGCAGGCGCUCUCUCACCACCGCAACGACCACCUCAAGUCCUCUUCGAGUCGCCGUCUUGUACCAAGAACUCGACCCACCACCCGUCAAUGGCAUCCGCAAGCCCAAGAAACCGAAUGGCUACCGCGACUCCAGCGCCGACAUCGCCUACACCCUCCAAUCCUCCCCCUCCCACCCCCCAAUCGACCUCAUAACUCCCACACCCGGCCCCGACUCCCUCGACCCCACCCUCGAGUCAGCCUGGAGCUUCCCAGACACGGAAGCCGGCAUCCUCGACGCCCUCUCCCGCGGCGCCACCCAUAUCUGGGCCAACACCGUGCUGUUCGCCUCCCACCCGCUGCAAACCUCUUCGCGAAUCGCUGCCGAGUUUGGUCUGGACCGGAUACGUGUCGUCGGGCAGGGCCCGCUGACGCUAGGGAAGUAUGAUGAUAAAGCGUGGACGGCGGAGUGGUUGCGACGGACCAAGGGGUUUAAGUUUACGCUGCCGCGGUCGUGGGUGGUGAGGGAGGAGGAAGGGGUUGGGGAGUUGGAGAGGUUGGUGGCGCAGGGGGAGGUGACGUUUCCGGUGGUGGCUAAGCCGAUCCGGGGGAGGGGUAGUCAUGGGGUAAAGGUGUGUCGGGGUAAGGAGGAGUGGAUGGCUCAUGUUGAGGGGUUGUGGAAGGAGUCGCCCGCGGUGUUGGUGGAGAAGUUUCUUGCGGGCGAGGAGGCAACGGUGACGGUGCUUCCACCGGUGGUGGGAAAUGAUGAUAUCAACAGCUACGACAACAAUGAGGUUGGCGAAGACGGCACGGACAAAGGCUACCGCGCGCUCCCCAUCGUUCGGCGCUUCAACCACGCUGAUGGCGUCGCGCCUUACAGUGGGAUUGUCGCCGUCACGGCAAACUCGCGUGUGGUACCCCGCGAGGAGGUUGAGCGGGAUCCGACCUAUGUGCGAGCCAUGGACGAGUGCAAGCGUGCAGCUGAGCUGCUUCGCGUGGCCGGGCCGAUACGUAUAGAUGUUCGCCGGCGGAGAGAUGAGCCGGGCUCGGAGUUUGCGCUGUUUGAUGUGAACAUGAAGCCGAACGUGACGGGCCCGGGCCGACCAGGACGUGACGACCAGGCAAACCUCAGUCUUCUGGCUGCGGAGGGACUGGGGUGGAACUACGACCGGUAUUUAAGGCGGGUUUUGAGUAGUGCGAAGACUCUGAGGGCGUUUAGGAGUUUGGAACCCGUUGCAGAACCCGUUGUGGAUGAAUGA